AUGUCCAUGGACGGGAGCGUCACAACUACUCCUGGAGAUAUGCCUUCGCUGCUGUCAACAACGGUGCCGCAGUUUGCUGGUCGCGCACGUUCACUACCGACCAAUGCGUUGCAAGAUGGUCGCCGACGGUCCACCAUCGCCGGCAUCGUCCUCCGCAAGAAGAGUGAAAUCGAGAUAGUGCUCGAGGGCCAAGAAGUCGAGUUCGUCAACGUUUACUCCACCCACGAUAGCAUCCAAGGCCACGUCGAGCUACGUUUCGAGAAAGACACGCCGCUGGAGGAGCUCAUCAUCACCUUUGAGGGUCACUCGGCCACCUAUGUCGAGAAGCUCGCCUCCACCGCGCCCACCACGGGGCGUACUACUGGCAAACAUGCCUUCCUCAAGCUCUUACAGCCUGUUGAUGGCGACGAGCUACCGCUUGACAACAUCUUACGCGCAGACACUACCUACAGCGUCCCUUUUCUCUUCCGCGUGCCCCCAACUCUGCUUCCAUAUGUUUGCUCCCACAAAGUCGACCACGAAGGCGUGCGCAAACCCCAUCUCGAGUUGCCACCAUCCAUGGGUGACCCCACCAUUGCCGGUGACGGCCAUGCGCUGAUGGACGACAUCGCCCCUGCUAUGAGCCGUGUGUCAUACGCCGUCCGCGUGCGUGCCACAAGCCGCCUGGCGAAUGGCAAGCCCUUCGACCUCGCCGAGCAGACUAAGAAGGUCCUCAUCGUUCCGGCCAAGGACGAGGCGCCACCAGUGCACAUCGACGACGACGGCCUGUAUGCGCUGCGGCGUGAGCGAUCGGUCAAGAAGGGCCUCUUCAAGAUCGGCAAGGUCGGUCGCAUCACGGCUGAGACGACGCAGCCGCGGAGCUUCCGCCUGCCACACCCGAGCAAGAGGAUCACCGAACCCGUGUCCACCAACACGACCGUGUGCUUGCGCUUUGAUCCCGUUGCCGAAGGCGAUCACCCCCCGUCCAUGGGCUGCAUCACGAGCAGGCUGAGGGCCUACACUUUCUUCGGCGCGGCGCCAUACCGCGUCCUCCCAGAGAUCCAUCGCUACGAUAAUUGGAGCACCUUGCACGGCGUCUACUCGGAAUCCAUCGAGCUCUCUCAGCGCAACCUCAGCACCGUGACAUGGACCCGACACGCCCCCGGCACGAGCCCGAUCAGUCGCACGAGUUCUGCUGUCUCGGCAUGCACGGACGCCAGGCGGCCCUCAACGUGGUCCGCCUCAUCUAGCACGGCCAGCAACGUCCCAGAACCCAGCGCGGCCUACAACCCAGACCUCCCCUUCUACACGGCCCAGGUGUUGGUCCCGCUUGCGCUUCCCACGCCACAGGGCAACAGCAAAACCAAGGUCUUCCUGCCCACGUUCCACAGCUGCAUCAUCUCGCGCACCUACACCCUGGACCUCAUGCUCAGCUACAACACCCCCGGCACCAGCGUGAGCACGCCGCACAUCACGCUCAAGUGCCCCGUGCAAGUCAGCGCCGAGGGUGGCACGCCCCCGCCGACCGCGGCACCGUACCACGGCAUGGCGGCGACCGAGGAAGAAGAAGCCGCUCUUCUCGCCGAGAUCGAGCGCCAGUUCGGCCUGAACCUAGGCUUGGGCCUCGAGAGCCCCGACUACGACGAGGUGGCGCCGCUGCUGCACGCGCAGCGGCACGCCAGCAUCGCGACCAGCGCGCCCGUCAGCGGUGGCGCGCCGCCGGAUUAUACCGCCAAUAACACGGCGUUUGCGCGGAGCACGAGGGUCGGCGGCGCGAGGACCACGAGUGUGAGUGCUUUUGGAUUUACUUGA